GGGGCCAGGGAAGUGCUGAGCCCUGAGCCACCCAGGUGUGGCCCCACCUCUUUCCUUCAGCCUCUCAGCUGGGGCAUGAGGAGUGGUCUGGCCAGGAGCCAGGGCCACCAGCAGCAUUGCCAGGACACAGAGGAUGGCCGUGCUGUCACAGUUGCUGUCAACAAUGGCCUCACAGGCCUAGGCAGGAGUGCCCAGGAACCCAGAGGCAGACAUGCAGACCCUGAUGCAGGCGGCUACCCAGCCCUGUGUCCCCCAGGGGACCCUCGAAGUGGACUUCCCAGCACCUCUCUACAGUGAUGACUACCUGUCCCUGGAGGGGCCCCGCUGGCCACCAGCUAUCAAGCAGGCAGUGCGCUGGGCCUACACACCCAUGGGAUGUGACUCGGCCAGCCAGCUGUGCUAUACUGGCCUAACCAACUCGGAUUUCUGCGAAGCCUGGUACACGCUACCAAGGGCCAGGGACAGCCCCUACCGGGAGGCUUAUGCCCACUGGCAUGGAUGCUACAGCCACCAGAAGCACAGCAUGCCUUCAGCUUACACCCAGCACCUCCGGGAAACUGCCUGGUAUGACCCCAUCGUGCCCGCCCAGUACAGGGCCCCCAGCACGCGGUGGGGGACGAUGCUGUGGAAAGACAAGCCCCUCUGGGGCAAGGAAUAUGUGGUCAACAGGCAGCAAUACGGGGUGGAGCCUUGGGGGCGGACAUCAGACUACGUGCCCUACCUGUCGGCGCUGCAGCGUCCGAGCUACACGACCCAGAACUACCGGCAGUGGAACCUGGAACCCUACUGCCCAUCCACUGGCCAGCAGACCCAACCCAUCUACACAUCUGCUGUCUGA